GUCUGCUUCGACUGUGCUGCGAAGAACCCCAGCUGGGCGAGCAUCUCGUACGGCGUGUUCCUCUGCAUCGACUGCUCUGGCAUCCACCGCUCUCUGGGAGUGCACCUCAGCUUCAUCCGCUCCACUGAGUUAGACUCCAACUGGAACUGGUUUCAGCUGAGAUGCAUGCAGGUCGGAGGCAACGCCAACGCGACGGCCUUCUUCCGUCAGCACGGCUGCUCCACGAAAGACACCAACGCCAAGUACAACAGCCGUGCAGCCCAGAUGUACAGGGAGAAGAUCCGGCAGCUGGCCAACGCAGCUUUGUCUAAAUAUGGAACAGACCUGCACAUCGACUCGUCUGCAGGAGGAACUCCUGCUGCUCCUGAGARGAAGGAGGAGGAGGAGGACUUUUUCACAGAACAGACACAGGGCAGUAACGAGUGGAACAUGGCUCCAGCCUCGGGGACUCAGCAGAAUGGAGCUGCUGURACCUCACAGCUGAUGGACACGACGCCUAAAACCCAGGAUGACAACCAGUYUGAAGAAGGGCCGAGCAUCGAUGGUCUGAGCACGUCACCUAAAGGCUCCAUCGAGGUAAAGUCUUCCAUCAUUGGGAAAAAGAAGCCCAUGGCUGCCAAGAAAGGGCUCGGUGCAAAGAAAGGUCUGGGUGCUCAGAAGGUGAGCAGUAAAAGUUUCUCUGAGGUGGAGAAGCAGGCGCAGGUGGCCGAGAAGCUACGAGAGGAGCAGGCAGCCGAGGCUAAGAAGCAAGCCGAGGAGUCCAUCGUGGCCUCCAUGCGUUUGGCCUACAAGGAGCUGGAGAUCGACAGGAAGCUGGAGGAGAAGAAGCUGCAGAACCUGGAGGGCAAGAAGAGAGAGCAGGCUGAGAGGCUGGGCAUGGGCUUCGGCAACAGGAGUGCCGUGUCUCACUCCGUGAUGUCAGAGAUGCAGGUGAUCGAGCAGGAAACACCGGUGGGAGCCAAGUCCUCGUCCCGCUCCAAACUGGACAUGUUCGAUGAGCCCGGCUUCACCUCUGGACCCCCAAAACUUCCCAGCAGGAGGAAAGCUGAGGCCUCGGCUGCCGUCUCCGAGUCCAGYGAGGCCAGGCAGAAGUUCUCCAACGCCAAGGCCAUCUCCUCUGACAUGUUCUUCGGCCGGGAGAGCAGCGCUGAGUACGAUGCAAAGACCAAGCUGGAGAGUCUGUCGUCCAGCACCUCCAUCAGCUCAGCUGACCUGUUUGGAGACGGAGCCGACCACAAAGGCUCAGGCUUCGACAGCGUGCUUCCUUCUGGACCGGACAUGGCCCAGUUCAAACAGGGGGUGAAGACCGUCGCAGGAAAGAUGGCCGUCCUGGCCAACGGCGUGAUGAACUCCAUUCAGGAUCGUUACGGCUCGUACUGAGCCUGCGCCGACACCUGUUCCGAACCAACGGACCUCCUGACGGACGGAGGAGACGGGACGAGAGGCAGGACAGGCUGCAGGGGGACAGAGUCCUCUGUCCUCCAUUAGAGACAGUUUGACUAAAGUGAGACAGUAUUUCCUUCUCCCAUUCUCAUUCACAGAAUCCUGACUUUUAUUUUCAUAACAAGACUUUUCUAAAAGAAGAAAAUAAAAAGACGAGCUGUCCACCAUGUUUGGUCUUAGAUUUUCAAACUGAUGUAAGAUUUCAAUCUUCUAUAUUUUACUCUGAAGUCGUCGUGUUGAUUUGUUUUUGUUCUGUUCAAACCAGCUGCAGGAAGUAGAUCCACCUGCUGCUUCUGACCUGAUCAACAGUCAGGUUCUGUUCACAGGUCAGAAUAAAUAUCUUACCUGCUGCAGACUUUGAACGUCCUCCAUCUGAAGAAAAAUGUUUUAAAUGUAGCUGAACAGGUUAGCUUCCACUCACGGCCCGUUUUGAUAGAAACAUUUCAAGUUUAAUGUUUUUARAAUCAACCACACAGAAUUAAAGGAUUAUUUAAGAGAAAAAUAAAAAUAUCUGUUGAAUAUCAUCAGCUGUACAGUUCAGUUCAGAGAAGCAUCUGCAGCAGGUAAGAUAAUGAUUACACCUUUUAAAAUGUCAGAACUGGACUUGGUCCAAAAACCCAAACAGUUUGUUUCCAACCUUCAUGUGAGUUUGUUUGAUUUAUCUGCAUGAGGAGCUCAGUGUUUCUGAGCAGAACAGAACCAGCACACGUGUUCUGAUCGGACCUGCUGACAAAGCAAACAACAGUUCCCUCGGCCCGGCCCGGUCCGGUCCGGUUCCGGCCCGGUCCGAGGACAUCCCAAACCACAGGAUGGAACUAUUUAUUUAUAGACAACAGAACUGUUCAGUGUGUUUAAUAAAGAUUGAUCAAAGAA